AAACAAUCUGAAACGAUGACUUUCCAACACGUUCGGAAAACAAGCUAAUAAGACAAUAAAGUCAACAAUAAUAUUUAGAUUUGUUUGUGUUAUGUCUUUUUUGUUGAGCUCUAAUAUCAAAUUCAACAUUCAAACAAACAACAAAUCAAAUUCUCUGCCAAAACUUCUGAAUUCUGGUGCCUCUUUUCUCUCAUUAUCCUUCCAGAUACAGCAGGAUCAUGACUGACACUAACAGUGCUCACUCCGAAAAGAAACUCGUCCGAAUUGAUAUUAGUUCUGAUACUGUAUGUCCAUGGUGCUUUGUUGGCAAAAAGAAUCUAGACAAAGCCAUAGCUUCGUCUAAGGAUAAAUACAACUUUGAGAUAUUAUGGCAUCCCUAUCAACUCAGCCCUGAUGCCCCUAAAGAAGGCAUUGAAAAGAGGGAGUUUUACAGAAGCAAGUUUGGAUCCCGAUCGGAUCAGAUGGAAGCUCGGAUGUCCGAGGUCUUCAGGACAGUCGGUCUUGUUUAUAGUUUGUCCGGACUCACGGGAAACACUAUGGACAGCCACAGGCUUAUAUACUUUUCUGGACAGCAGGGUCUUGAUAAGCAACAUGAUCUAGUUGAAGAACUUGGCCUUGGUUAUUUCACUCAGGAAAAAUAUAUUGGUGACCAGGAGUUUCUUUUGGAAGCUGCUGCCAAGGUUGGUAUAGAAGGGGCAGAGGAGUUUCUUAAGAAUCCUAACAAUGGGCUCAAAGAGGUGGAGGAAGAGCUUAAAACAUACUCAAGAAACAUUACAGGGGUUCCAUAUUAUGUGAUCAAUGGAAGUCAAAAAUUAAGCGGUGGACAACCCCCUGAGGUCUUCUUGAGAGCUUUCCAAGCUGCUACAAGUUGACUUGCAGCUCCUCAAAGUUUCUAAUCACAUUGUCUUCAACUACUAGCAUACUUUGGAAAUAAGAAGCUAGUAUCAUAUUGUAUUGUAUUAGGAAAUCUAUUGUCUUCUGCUACUAUCAUACUUUGGAAAUAAGAAGCUGGUGUCAUGUUGAUGUUGUAUUGUAUUGGUGGUCUAGCACAAGUGGUCGAUUUGCAGUGUAUGAGUGUUGUAAACUUCAGGGUAUCAAAUUCGAUUCUCAAUCAUCAAAAAUAAAAUAUUAAGAUGUAAGACAAUUUCGAAGUAUUAUACAUUUGGUUAUCCUCAAUAAUAAAUUGAAUGACUUCACUA